AUGCCUUUGCCAGACAACUACACGUUCAGACCUGUCAAAAAAUCUGACUACCGGGAGUAUUUGGACACCUUGAGUGUUCUCACCACGGUGGGAGAAGUGAGUGAAGAGCAAUUUGAUCAGUUGGUGGGUACAUGGAACAAAAACCCGGAGAUUUACUUUCCGCGAGUGAUUGCUGACGAAAAUGAUAAGGCGGUGGCCACCGGAAUGCUUGUGGUGGAACAAAAGCUCAUUCAUGGGUGUGGAAAGGUUGGCCACAUCGAAGAUAUCGCCGUAGCCAAGUCUCAACAAGGCAAGAAGUUGGGUAACUACCUUAUUGAGCUGUUGAGCGAGAUCUCCAAACAGAACGGAUGCUACAAGGUGAUUUUGGACUGCCUGGACCACAAUGUAGGGUUCUACGAGAAGUGUGGCUAUAAGAAUCUGGGGGUGUUCAUGUCUAGAAGGUAUGAUUAG